AUGUCGAACAGGGCUCGUAGAUACAUGAGCAAGCGAGAUCGCGCGUGUGACUCCUGUCGCACCAAGAAGGCAGCUUGUCGUAUUGACCGAUCGCCUCCCUGUUAUCUCUGCACACUUCAUGGGAAAGAGUGUACAUUCAUGCAGCCAACAUCAAGACCACGACCACCGUUUCUCAAUAGAGUGCGUCCAAAUUUGAAUGGAGAGAUGAACCCGCUCCUGGGAUUUCAGGCGGUCUCAGUCGGGGACUCAACCGAGGAUAGUUUAAUGGCGCUUGAUAACGAUGCAGCCAGUGUGGUUCUCACUGGGCCCCAAGGAUUUCCAGAUAUUUUCGAGCGAUCUGGGGCCUCGGUUUCGGGGGUAUUUGAAGAUGGGAACUGGGCGACUGGAUUUAGUCCGGGCAACUUCUUUUGCACAUCCCCGCAACCGCCCGGGUCUCAACAGUUGAAAGACGUGGAAACCCCAAAUACAACUAUCCCAGCAACCCUCUCACAGGAGGUUUCCGUUUGUCUUGAUACUCACGUUUCCAUGACAGCACAAUUGCUGGGAAGUAGUGGCGACAUGGACCCGUCGCUGAUCAGUCGGUACCAGUAUGACACAUCCGGGGCAUUUCGUUUCAAAAAUCUCAACAUCCAAUCGAUAUCCUCAGGCUCCAAUCCAACACAGUUUUUAAUGUCAAACCCAUCAGUAUUCGGUUUCAGCAGGGAAGAAAAUGGAUGCAGCAAAGUUUCAACCAUUGACACAAGGCAGAAAUUGGAAUUAUUGGUACCAGCAGAUAUUGGCCGCAGACUUAUCACUCUGUUUGAUACGAUCAUCCUAUCACAAUAUCCUUUGCUCGGGCCAUCGGGUCAAUUGGAUCCCAAGACUACUCCGCCGCAUUUUCUUGCCAGUGCGUACUUAAUAGUCGAGCCCUUUACCAAAUUUGAUGAAAAGCUUUGCAUUGAUCUUGCAUACGAUAAGCCAUCUGCCGUCGCACUUCAUCAAAUUAUCAACGAUGCGAUUCUAUAUGAGAUCCAUGCACCGAAGCUAUGUAUCAUACGUACAUUGCUUACAUUGGUCAUUCGACCUUACCCAAACCCGAUUGUGCUUGACAGUGGCUUGAAAUGGACACAGCUUAGUACCCUUGUUGCUUGUGCUCAUACGCUUGGACUACAUCUAGAUCCAAAGUCUUGGCAAAUAUCCUCACGAGAAAUAUUCCAGCGUCGAUCCUUGUCUUGUCUCAUUUAUUCGACAGACAAGUGGCUUGCUUUGAGUCUUGGUCGCCCACCCUUGUUGACUUAUGAUAAUUGGCUCGUGGCAGGUCUUAGCCAAAGUGAUUAUCUGAUCAGUGGUCUUGACCCUCUGGCUUGGUCAAAUGUUAUGAAAAAAGCGGAACUCGACUCUCUACUUGACCGUGUUCUUGUACAAUUAUACUCCCCUCGCGCUGUUAAUGAAUUAUGUGGCGAUGUUCAGAGAACUGUUGCAAUAACGGGUCCACUACUUCAGGAACUUCAUUCGUGGCAUAAAGAAUCAUUCACAUCAUCAAGCCAGCCUUGCUCAUCAGAUCAAGGAAGAUCAGUGAGACAGGACAGAACGCUUGAAAUGAGCUAUCAUUAUAUCCAUUUAAUCAUCUGUAGGGCUUUUCUCAGACCGUUCCUACAGCCAGCAGCCGAACUAUCGAAUGAUGCACCUGGGGCAGAGUAUUUGAUGACAUAUCAGCAGGCCCGCAUCUCAGGAGAAGCAUGCAUCAUGGCAGCAGCUCGUUUUAUACAUGAUCUAAGACCUGAGGAUGUCGAGACUGUAUGGCCAGCCUGGAGUGCCACCGCAUUCUCAUCCAUAUGUUUCCAAAUACUGGAGAUAGCCGCACGAUCCGGUGAUCGCAGGGAGGCAGACAAAUGGGUAGCUUGUCUCCGUGACGUACGUCGAGACAUGCGCUUGAAGGCCGAAUUCUUACCCUGCCUGCAUCUAGGCCUUUUGCGAAUUGAUUCUAUUUUUUGGAAGGGAGUUGAAAAUGUGUUGCAUUUGCAUAAGCAUGUCCGGGAAGCCUUUGCAUGUUGA